GUCAACUAUGGGUGCGGAGGCGGGGACUGGGGAAAAGGGUAUAAAGAGGGUAGAUGACGGAGGCCGUUUUGACACUUUCUUUCCUCUCUCUCACUUCCAAUCUUCCAAUCAUCCUGCAGUUAAACGUUUUCCUCACUCUUCCUGUUGUGAAACUUAAAACGCUCUUCCCUUGUUCGACGCCCACAAAGAUAUAUAUCGUACCCACUUUUUCUCUUCCUCCCGCUCUUUGCUCGGGAUUUGCACCGGCACUGUAUACGGUGAAAGUCGGAUUGGAAUCAUCGAGGUACCAAGACACCCUGAAGGCGUAAAGACCGCAUACUCGGCACAGUUGAAAUAGGCGUUGAGAGCCCCGUUGGGAAAAUCUACCGAAGUCUAUCACGUCUGGGCCUCCAUUCCCUCCCCUCUUUCCGCCGUCAUCACCGCCACUGGUCAACGAUAAGCAAACCUUCCAUCCCCCCCUUUUCCCCUUGGUUUUCACUUAAAUUUCCACUCGAUCCUUCCGUCAAAUCACUUCGCCAUGACUAUUGCCACUCUACCAAUUGAGGACGCUCCCCGCUUCCAGAAGGACAACCGUGGCUUUGCCACCCGUGCUGUUCAAACCGGUUCCCCCCAUGAUCCCAUCACUGGUGCCGUCAUUACUCCCAUCUCACUCUCCACUACUUUCGCUCAAACCAGCGUCGGAAACCCAGUUGGUCUCUACGAAUACUCUCGUAGUUCUAAUCCCAACAGGGACAACUUCGAGCAUGCCGUUGCUGCCCUAGAGAAUGCCAAUUACGCUUUGGCAUUUUCUUCUGGCUCCGCCACCACUGCCACUAUCUUGCAGAGCCUUGCAACCGGCUCUCAUGUCAUCUCCAUCUCUGAUGUCUAUGGGGGGACCCAUAGAUAUUUCACCAAGGUUGCUGCGGCCCACGGCAUCCGUGUUACCUUUACCGGUGCAAUUGAAGUGGAUGCCCGUGCCAUGAUCGAGAAGAAUACCAAGUUGAUUUGGAUCGAAACUCCCUCUAAUCCUACACUAUCACUCGUUGAUAUUCAGUCUGUUGCCGAUGUUGCCCACGAACAUGGUAUCAUGGUGGUCGUCGAUAAUACAUUUUUGUCGCCUUAUGUCCAGAACCCAUUGGACCAUGGUGCAGACAUCGUUAUCCAUUCGGUCACAAAGUACAUCAAUGGGCAUAGUGAUGUAUUGAUGGGUGUUGCCGCAUACAAUUCCCCCGAACUCAAUGACACACUCACCUUCCUUCAAAACGCUAUUGGAGCUGUUCCGAGCCCCUUCGAUUGCUGGCUUGCUCAUAGAGGCUUGAAGACCCUCCAUCUCAGAGCUAAGGCUGCCAACGAAAAUGCUUCGGCUAUCGCUCAAUUCUUGGAGUCCUCUCCUCAUGUUAUCUCGGUCAAUUAUCCCGGUUUGAACUCUCACCCCCAGCGCAAAGUCGCUCUCAAGCAGCACAGAAAGGCAAUGGGUGGUGGUAUGAUCUCUUUCCGUAUCCGUGGCGGCAUCCGAGCGGCCGAGCGAUUCUGCAAGGAAACCAGAAUUUUCACACUCGCCGAGUCUCUCGGGGGUGUCGAGUCUCUUUGCGAGGUUCCGGCCAGCAUGACUCAUGCUGGAAUUCCCAUUGCCGCUAGAGAAAAGUCCGGAGUCUUUGACGAUCUUAUUAGAUUAUCCGUCGGUAUUGAAGACGUCGACGAUCUCGUGGACGACAUUUCCGGGGCCAUCGCCCGGGUUAUCGAUUCUCUUAUGCUAGAGGAAGCCACGGCUUGAUUUUUUUCCUUUGUGUUUGGCGUUCUUGUGGUGUUUUUCUCUUUCUUUCUUUCUUUCUAUCUUUCUAAUAGCGUUUAGAAUGAAGUCUUGGUCGUGUUACCUAGACAGGCGGCUAGAUUGAGUGAUAGACGGAUAGGAAAUUUGGAAAUGGGAUUGGGGAAACAAGGGCGGCAAGGUUUUCUUUGAUUCCAUUUAUUUUGCUUUUCUUCCUAUUACCUCUUUUUCACCCCUUUCUGGUCUUGGGCGUUUCGUUGAAGAUUUGAUGUUCCUUUCUUCUUACAACCUAGAAAUUCAUACCAGUAUAUACGGGUCGA